AGCUGAGUUUAUUUGCACAGCGCGGAAAUCGUGUUCGGACGUAGUCAGCCGUAUCCCCGGGAGCCGGAGUGAGCAAACGCCAUCGAGCGUGAAAUUAUCGACAGUGAAAAGUGUGGAAUUUAUUUCAAUUAACAAUCAAAAGAAAAACUCAAAGCAAGAAGCACAGUUUAAAAAGAACAUUCAGAGCAACAAGUAGACAAGUAAUAGUGCAAAAGAUUUAUUCCAAGUCAAAGGAAGGACAUAUAAAAAAUACAGUUAUCCUUUACACACAUCCUUGUGCUGCGUUCAGUGCGAAAUAAAAGGAAAAGAGUUUGCUGCUUCAUCUGCCUAAGCUAUGGCCGUUGUACCGUCGUCUACAAAUCUCAACGAUUGGGAUUAUUGGGAUUAUCGGCGACGCCUUUGGCGUGAUUUGGAUCUCGUCGACUGGGACUUGCCGUACUGGAAGCGUUUGGCACGCUUCAACUCCUCACCCGAUCUGAGUCGUGUGAUUGUGGGCAAGGAUGGCUUUGAGGCGAAUGUCGAUGUGCAUCCUUUCAAGCCUUACGAAGUUCAGGUGAAGACUGUGGGCGACACCGUUGUGGUGGAGGCGAAACACGACAAGCGGCGAGACGGUGACAACUAUGUGGGACGACAUAUAGUGAAACGUUUCGUCCUGCCACGUGGCUUCUAUCCGAACGAUGUGCGUUCGGAACUAUCCUCUGAUGGCAUUUUGACCAUUAAAUGCCCACCACCAGCGCAAGUCGAACGCAGCGUCUACGUGCGACAGGUGGGCCUGCCAUACCUGAGCAUUAAGAACUGAUGUGCAGCUAAGUGAAGACGAAAGGAUGUUUCUGUAACUCGCAGUUGUUGUAAUUAACACUAGCAAACGAAAAUUCGCUCUUUUUUCUUGCAAUUUUUGUGGUUGUGUUCAUGGAAAUUGCGAAGAAAAGCCGUUGAAAGCAAGAGCUGUUGUUAAUCUUUCUUAUUGUAUGUGCAUAUAUUCAUAUAUAUACAUAAGUAUGUAAAAGUAAUCGUAUGUGUGUAUGUGUUAUAAGCUGGCGCACUACUAAAUUGCGAAGAGUUCUUUGUUGACUUUUACUUUUUUAUUUUCUUGCGAUUAAAAAUCACUUUUAUUACUUUAAGUAUUUGUUGUAAUACAACAACACGAAAGCACUCGAUUUAUUUGCCAUUUCUCAACAUUUUUGUAAUUAACAAAUGCAAAAUAAUAAUGAAUGUAAUUGUAGUUAAAUAAAAUUAAUGUUUCUGAAACA